UCUUUAACCCUCUUUCCUGUUCUCUCCCACCUUCAAAUUUUGGAUUGAGACCGCGUUCGUCCGACGCUCUCAGAUCUCCCUCUCUCACUUCGGCGUCCCCUUCCCCCUUCUCCUCGAACCCUGACCCCAACCCUUCUCUUCAUCCAGACCCUCAGCUCCCGCGAUCGGAGAUGAGGAAGCCCAGGGCAUCGUUGGCAUCGAAGAAGAGGAAGGCUGUGGCCGCCGCGGCGAGGGAGGAAGAGGGCAGCAGCAGCGGCGGGAGCAAGUCGCCGGAGGAGCUCCAGAAGGAGUCGAACAAGGGUGCCGCCAGAGGGAAGAGGGUCAAGGCGGCCAAGCCCAAACCGGAGACCGAGUACCUCCCCGAGAAGAGGAACAUGGAAGAUCUUUGGCAAGCAGCUUUUCCGGUUGGAACUGAGUGGGAUAACAUGGAUAAAAUUCGUGAAAUCAAUUGGGACUUUUCCAAUUUAGAGAAUGCCUUCGAGGAGGGAGGAGAGCUUUAUGGAAAGACAGUCUACAUGUUUGGCAGCACCGAGGCUCAAAUGUUGGCUGUAAAUGGUCAAGAGAAGGUUGUGCUUAUCCCCAUUGUGGUGGCAGUGGUUUCUCCAAUUCCACCGUCUGAUCAGAUUGGUAUAAAAUCUGUGCAAAGAGAGAAAGAAGAAAUAUUACCCAUGAAGACAAUGAAAAUGGCAUGGAUUCCAUACAUUCCUCUUGAAAAUCGUCAAAGUCAAGUUGAUAGGUUGAAGACUCAAAUAUUUACCAUGGGUUGCACCCAGAGAAGAUCUGCUUUAAGGCAUCUGAAAGUUGAGCGUGUCAAGCAAUAUGACUACUGCCUUCCUUAUCUUCAGUCACUCAAAGCUGAUGAAGAUGAGGAUGAUACAGUUGUUAACAUAAUGUUUCCUCUAGAACCUCCGAUUGUCUGUGAUUUUGAUUGGGAAAUGGACGACCUCGAGGAGUUCACUGACAGUCUCAUUUCGGAGGAGACAUUGCCAGAGGAUAAGAAAGAUGAAUUUAAGGAAUAUGUUAAGGAGCAGGUUCGAGAAAGGAGGAAAGUACAGCGACAGGCAAAGGAAGCCAGGAAGAAAGCUAUAGAGGACAUGGAUCCAAAGACAAGAGCUGCUUUUGAGAAUAUGAAGUUCUAUAAAUUUUACCCGGUUCAGACACCAGACACACCCGACAUUAGCAAAGUAAAGGUAGCGUAUAUAAACAGGUACUAUGGGAAGGCUCAUUUUGUGAGAUAGACUCGGUCUCCAAUCCUUGCGACGGUGAGCUCAACUGUCAGACCUUACAAAACAACAGGGCUUAUAGUUUGAGCUGGUACUGAUGUUAGCAACUUGUUUCUUAAGAUCAAUGCCGGUUUGCACCGAGGAAACCAAGGUCCGACCCUCAACUACUACUACAUUGAGUGAAGAUAUAUUGUAAGUUCAGGAUCUUAGUUGAAGUUUUGUUUGAUUACUGUGUCGGUCCAAAUGUUACUGUUUUUGGUUAAGCAGAAAGUGAUAUAGGAACAAAGAACAGCCUGUAUAAUGUUGAUAGAUGGAGAACCUUGUAUUAUUGUGGGAUGGGAGUACUAAAGCUAACGCCAAGUCUUUUUUUUUUUUUGUCAUUUA